CCAAGCAUAUAUACAUUUGACGCGCACAGAGAAGACCUACUUUCUUUUGCUUUUCUCCCACUAACACAAAAAGACUCACCCUUUUGCUUUUCGUGUUUUUGGAUUGUUGUAGAUCUGCAAACAUAAAGACCACCGGCGAUGAUUCAGGAACUGUUGGGUGGUUCUUCUGGUUUUAUAUCAACUGGUGACAACAGGAAAAUCUCCAUUAACGCAGCUCGUGCCGUUCUUGCACCUCCCAUACCAUCUCCUUCUCUGCCUACUUCCGCCGCCGCAGCUGCCACCACCUCCGGUGCUGCUGCUUCUCCUGCUACCGCCACCUCGUCAAAUUCCGAAAACCAGAACUUGAGGUGUCCGCGAUGCGAUUCGUCAAACACAAAAUUUUGUUACUACAACAACUACAAUCUCACCCAGCCUCGCCACUUCUGCAAGACUUGUCGCCGGUACUGGACCAAAGGAGGUGCUCUGAGAAACGUUCCCAUCGGAGGUGGUUGCCGGAAAAACAAGAGCGUCAGCGCAUCAUCCAACUCCGUGGCGGCCAAGACGAGUGUUGCUGUGGCUAAGAUGAAAACGGCUGCGUCUGAGCUUGGAAGUAGGUCAGGACUUGAUGGCGGCGGCUUUGACCAUCAGGAACUUCCGGCAAGCCCGAUUUUGUGGGGCUCGCCGCAAAAUUCUCAUCUGUUGGCGUUGCUGAGAGCUAGCCAGAGCCAUAACCCUAACCCUAGCCCUUGUGCAAACAAUCCCAUGCCUAAUAUUGGUGUGACUGUGAAGGAAGAAGGGAACUUGAUGAGAUCCCACAUGGUAACUGGACCAGGGGGCUCUAGUGGCCUUCUGAAUGUUCCUCCAACCUCGGGCUUUGAUCCUUCCCUUGGCCUCACUAGCUCUUUCUGGAGAAACAACAAUCUCGAUCAUCAGCCAGCAGCUCAUCAACCACAAAAUGGAGGAUUUGUAUUCGGCGAGCACCAAAACAGUGGGAUCCAGGAACUCUACCAGAGGCUCAGGUCCUCAUCUUCAGCCAACUAUUGCAGUGACGACUCGUCAUCGCUGUUUCUAAGCAACAUGGCUUCUUCUUCUUUAUCAUCAUCUUCCUCUGUAGCCAUUGUAGAGUCAACUCAAGCUAAUGGGAGUGGAAUUGGAUUGGGGUACUGGAACCAACCUCUUUUCUGGUCUGAUCUUCCCACGACCAAUGGUGCACAUCCGUAACCAUACCAUAUAAUUUCUUUUAUUUAAGUGUUUAGAUUUAUUUUCUUCCCAUCAGAAAUGCUUUGUAUUUUAGGGUUUGCUUCCACUAUGGUUGGUUGGUUUGGGUGGUAUAAUAUGAAUAUGGCUGUAGCAUGUUCUUCCUCUCCUUUUUCUGGGUUUGUUUGCUUAAUGGCGUGUUUAAUUAGUUAAACUCCCGUCCAGAAGGACCAGGGAGCGUUAGAAUUGAAUGGUACAAGCGGAGUGUUUAAUUUAUUCUCAAGGCUGGCUACUCAAUAGUUUCCAGAUCUCUUGAUUUAUCGAUCCGAAUCUCUUUUCUUCUU